AUGUAUGAAAUAAUACUUCUGGUGUGCACAUGCAGCUUCCAUCGUACCAGGGUUUGUCAUUACUUUUUUGUGGGUCUGGGCUGUGUUGGUGUAUUCUACUUCCUCAUUUACAGACGUGUCAGGAUUGCAGCACAAGCUCUGCUCCGCUACAGGUUCAGCCGCCGGUCCUCCAGGAAGAAACCAGCAUCUUCAGCACAAGGGACUGAUGACAGUGGUGUAGAGAGUGGCACGGCAAAGACAUGCAGCUGUGAGGUGAGCAGCCAGAUGGAUUUAACCCAAAGUAUGGAUGAGAUCACCUGUGAAAAAUCCUCCAAAUCUGCCCAGACCUCUGCCAAGGCCCUAAAUUCAUCAGCAACCAAUUUUCCCCCUGAGAUCGUCCCAACAUCGCCGUCAACCACACCUGCAACAUCCUUGCAGACAAACAUAACCGUGCCCGAACAGGUACUGCACAUGUUCUGUGCAAAUCUCACGUGGCUCAACAGUUGUAUCAACCCCAUGCUCUAUGCUGUCAUGAACAGACUGCUGCACCAUUCACCUGCCUCUGGACCUGGUGGUCAUCACUGA